AUGAAUGCGCUGAAGCUGGAUUUCUCAGGAGGGGCUACAGGGACCUUAAGUAGCGGGAUCCUGACCUCCAGACAGGGACCUGGCGAGUUGGAAAGUCGAGAUUGGGGUUUAUCUGCCCUGUUUUCACCUUUUCAGCAAGUGCUUCCCCGGUCCCCACAGUCCCUGAGCCUCUCCCUUCCCUUCCCCGGGCUAGUGGGGCCACCAGCUGAUGUCGCAAAGGGUAGGAAGCGUGUUGGUUGCAUUGGGAUGGUUACCCGCCGCUUUUCCCGGCAUUAUAUACGUUUUCCUUCUGUGGGCGCUGGACUCUCGGGAUGUUCCCCAGAAGAAUCACGGCUGACUUCUGCGUGGACUCCUGGCGCUCCGAUCUUAUGGGACGCUUUCCUGCAGGCAACAGGUUGGCUCGUCCUGGAGUCUGGGCACAAGAAUCAAAUCGUGGGCUCGGGGACCGGGGACCGCGCGGAGGAUGCUCUGCGGUGGGUACUUGCCUGUCUUCAGUCGUCCGUCCUGUCCGCUGCAGUGUUCUCCCUGAGGGGAGGAAGGACUCUAAAGCUCAAGGUUCCCACUUACUCUCCACCGACCGGUGCCCCUGGGCUCCCCGCACGAGGCGGCACCCACGCAGAGCCAUCUGUCUCCUUCCUCAUACCUGGCAGCCUGGAUGCUCACCCAGGGCUCCAGAAGCAGCCAACCAAACCAGGAAAUAGCAAGCCCUCCUCGAGGCAACUCCGUAGUCCCAGAAGCAUUUGCUAGCCCUCUCCCUGGUAAAAGACUGGAGAAUUCCCUAUGGGAAUCCGGGUUUUCCUCCUCAGGGGAGGCUAGACGUACUGCAUGCUUCCCUUGUUGAAAGGACUGGGGCUCGGGCCAGCCUCUCUUUUUGUGUCAAUGAUACCAAGGCUAUUUUGCUAUCGCCCUGUCGUUCAUAUAGAUCCCCCUUACAGCAAAGGGGAGGUGACUUUCCUUUCGUCCUCACUUGUCUCACUUCAUUAAUGUUACUGGUGGGGUCUUGGAGGCAUGUGGAUGUUCUGCCCCACACUGCUCAGAAGCCAAUGGUAGCUUCCCCCAGGAGCAAGUCUGGCUUCACACUGGGAGGUGCCCUGCAGACCCAACUAGGCACCAACGCACAGUACAGGUAAUGAUGCAACUGUCUCCAUGCCCACAGCACAAGAGGUGGGGGCAUUUCCUGUUAGGGGUUUGUGUGUGUGUGUGUGUGUGUGUGUGUGUGUGUGUGUGUGU